AUGGCAACUCGAAAAUCCAAAUCGGUCUUCGAUAUCGUCAAAUCAAGGGAGCUCACUUCCUUCCAAGUUCGAAAACGACCUUACAUGGAUGGAUGGACUGACGCGUUUUACGAAAUCGGAGCUAUAGCUACUCAGCAUGAUUCUGAAGACAUUAUUCCCCUUGCUCUCUCUUACGCCAAGACUACAAAAUAUUCUCACAUUCUUGCUUUAUCUAAUGAGGAAGGGUUUAUUAGCUUGUUUGAUACUAGUCGCAAAUUUCCCGUGCCUACGUGCUAUGAAAGAAAUGCAGAGCAAUCAAGGAUUUGUGAAUGGAGUUCGCAUAAUAAUGCAGUUUUUGAUGUCAAUUGGAUUAAGGAUGAUACACAGAUCCUCACUGCUUCUGGUGAUCAAACGGUUAAAGUAUGGGAUGUUCAAGAACAGAAGUGUCUUGUAGUGUUAGCAGGGCAUUUGGGGAGUGUGAAAUCUAUUUAUUCUCAUCCAACUAAUGCUGAUAUUCUUGUCUCCGGUUCAAGAGAUGGAUCCUUCCGUCUAUGGGACUUAAGAUGUAACUCCAUUGCAAAGAAUAGACAUGGAGAAGGUAGCAUAUGUUCAAUUGCUGAUGUCAAAGGAGCACAUGAUCCAUCUCAAGCACAACGAGUAAGGAGGUGCAAAUCUAAGGGAGCUUCCAUGAGUAUUACGUCUGUUCUUUGGCUCAAGGAUCAAGUUUCCAUAGCCACUUCUGGUGCGGCGGAUAGUGUGCUUAAGUUUUGGGAUACCAGAAAUUUAAGAAGUACUGUCACUCAGACAUGUCCUCAACCGUGUUCAACAGGAAAGCAAAGAUUACAUGGUAUAUCUAGCUUGUCCCAAGAUGACAGUGGAGUUUUACUCUCAGCUUCAUGCAUGGAUAGCCGAGUUUAUCUAUAUGAUGUACUUCAACUUGAAAAAGGGCCAAUAAGAUAUUUUGAAGGAGGUCGCAUAGAUUCAUUUUUUGUAAAGGCUGCAAUUAGCCCUGAUGCAUCAAACAUAGUCUGUGGUUCCAGUAAUGGAAAAGCAUAUGUUUGGCAGGUUAACAAGCCUCAAGUGGAUCCCACUAUUUUGAAGAGUCACGAUGAGGAGGUUACUGCAGUCGACUGGAGCCGCUCUGACAUUGGAAAACUAGCAACUGCUUCUGAUGAUUUCACAAUCCGGAUAUGGAAUAAGCGCAAUUAUUGUACCACACAAAAGAUUCCAUUUGCCAUCCGAAGAAGAAUUAUGGCCAUGCCUAAGGUAGAGUGCAAAAUGCUCUUGAACAAUGAAGAAAUUUUCCCCAAGUUCAUUGACGAUGGCCUGUUAUCUGAUGUAGCUCUCCACAACCCAAUAAAGUUAGCCACGCCUACCACCCCACCUAAAAUCACUACAUCUGAAAGCCAAAAAAACCAACUUUCAUCAGAAUUUGAUCUAACCAUAUCUCCUAAAAACACUCCAGAAUCUGCUUUGAAGAGUCCUUCAUCUGUAUUGAACCCGCCACCCUCCCUAAAAAGAACCAUCCGAGACUACUUUGCAUCAUCUUCAUGA